CUCCCAUCCAUCUCCGCAACUCCCUCUUCACCUCCAGCAGCCUAUAAAAACCCUAGUCUCUAACCCGCAACCCCUGCCGAACCGGCUCGGCCUGUGCAGAGACCCAUCUUUGUCUGUCCGACUACGUCUCUCCCUCUCUUCCGGCCUGGCAACAACGACGAACAUCACAGUCCUCGAAUCUGAAAUCAUUUCACACCUCAUCUCCUAUUGAUUGUAAUAUUCCAUAUACCUUGGAACCCUUCUCAAGCAUUGUAGAAGGAAUAUAAGAGCGAAGCCGCUGUGGAUCAUGGCGUACAACCAUAAACUUCCGAAAAAGAUAUCGCUCAAGCCAAAGAAACAUCAUGGUUUCCAGGUAUUCUUGUGGUUAUUAGGGCUGUUAUUACCGCCUCUAGCUGUUGCUGUUCGAUUCGGUAUUGGAGUCGACUUCUUUGUCAACGUAUUCUUAUGUAUUUGCGGCUAUAUUCCGUGUCAUUUUCACAACUUCUACAUUCAAAACAUCCGCAACAAUUCCAACAGAGCCCGAACGCCCAAAUGGGCCAUCAAGUACGGUCUUGUCGACAACUCUGACCGAGAACGACGUGCUCGAAAGAACCAAUGGUCCAAGCGCUUCGAUGAACGUAACAACCACUCUACUCUGGCUGAACAAGAGCUCGAAGAAGGUGAAGAGGGACCCAACUAUGACCCUAGCAUCGUGAACCCUGAAGAAGUUGAAAGGAGGAGGAAUGAGGGCUUGUGGACUGCUGAUGAUGAAGAGUAUUACAACGAUGACCAAGCUCCCAACCAACGCAAAUGGCACUACCCGGCCAACUUUGAAGGUGCUGUCGGUGAUGGUCGAUCAUAUAAGCGCAACGCUUCCUCUGGUGGAGACAGAUGGCAACGCGCUGCCCGACGAUCAUCGGGAGCAUCAAACACUUACCCUCCGGUGGCUGCCACCGACGAUGACGUACCCGAGUGGGGUAAGGAUUAUGGCAGCAAGCGUCGUUCCAGCAAGAAGAAGCUGAACAAGAAGCAAGACCAUACACAUGAUUGGGCGAGGAACCCCGAGUAUGGCAAUGAGGAUGAAAGCGGUGCACGAGGUGCGGGUGGAAGUGGACGACCCAGGGAAGGAAGUAGGGGUAGUGGGAGGGAGAAUGGAGGCACAGCAAAUGGUGAUCCUAACUGGGACCACGAAUUCUAAUUGGGGGAUUGUUAGAGUUUUGGAUGAGAAGGGAGUAAAGAAGGUCAGGUAGAUAGAUGUUGGAUAUGAGAUGUUAUCGCGAGGAGCGGUAUCCGGGAAGCGCGGGAAGCGGUGGCUGUUGGUGCGGUACAUACAUAUCGCGAUUCCCUUUUGUCUGUGUUUGGAUAUGAUAGUGUAUAGCGUCUUCGUUGUACG